UCCAGCCCAUUUUUAUCUGUGGUAGCCACAGAAGCACACAGGACCAGGACUGCCAGGGGAUAACAGGUCUACACAAAAGUUAUUUUCUGUGUUGGGCUUCAGGGAUGCCCUUCUUCAAACCCAGCUUUUUCUGAUCUUUCGGUAGAGCACAAGGAGCUCAACUGUGACACCUUUUCUCCAAGAAACUGUGCCCUCUACUUCUCACAGCCAUGGGUCAGGCAUCCUCCUCCACAACCCCUAAUAAAGAGGCUCAAGAUUUUACCUUCAGCUGUGACAAGUUUUUUAAGACUUUCAAGAUGGAAAGCAAAAUCCUCUCUCCAGAAACCAUUGCUUCAAUUCAGUCACACCUGGAUGAGGGGAAUAUUCAGAAAACUGUUUCUGCAAUUAACGAUGCAUUGAAAAACAUCCAGAAUGCCCCACUGAACAUUGCAGUGACAGGGGAGAGUGGAGCAGGGAAGUCCACAUUCAUCAAUGCCUUGCGGGGGGUGGGGCAUGAAGAAAAAGAUGCAGCUGCCACUGGGGUGGUGGAGACAACCAUGGAGAGAACUCGAUAUCAACACCCAAAGCUUCCUAACGUGAUAAUAUGGGACCUUCCUGGGAUUGGGACCACUAACUUCCAACCACGAAAGUACCUGAAGAAAAUGAUGUUUGGUGAGUAUGAUUUUUUCAUUAUCAUCUCUUCUACACGCUUCAAAGAAAAUGAUGCACACCUGGCCAAAGCCAUUGCAAAAAUGAACAAGCAGUUUUACUUCGUUCGAACAAAAAUCGAUAGUGAUAUAUACAAUCAGAAAAUAUGCACACCUAAAUCCUUCAAUAGGGACAAGCUCCUGCAAAAGAUUCGAGAUGACUGUCUCAAACACCUGAAAGAUAACAAUAUAAAUGGUGCUCAAGUCUUCUUAGUCUCUAGCGUUCACGUGUCUGACUAUGACUUCCCUAACCUGGAGACCACUCUUCUGAAGGAGCUGCCCGCUCACAAGCGCUACAUCUUCAUGCAAUGCCUGCCAAGUGUUACUGAGGCUGCCAUUGAUCGGAAGAGAGAUUCCCUGAAGCAGAUGGUCUGGCUGGAGGCCCUAAAGGCUGGAGCAUCAGCUACCAUUCCUAUGAUGGGAUUAAUCAAUGAUAAUGAUAUAGAGAAGUUAAAGGAGACCUUAACCCUCUACAGAUCUUACUUUGGGCUGGAUGAUGCAUCACUGGAAAAUAUGGCUAAGGAUUUCCAAGUAUCCAUGCAGGAACUCAAGGCAAACAUUAAAUCUCCCCAUUUGCUCUCAGUUGACAGGGAUGAAUCCUUAGGGGAAAAAAUACUGACAUAUAUUGAGAAAGUUUGCUCAGUCACUGGAGGAUUCCUUGCCACUGGUCUUUACUUUAGAAAGGUCUUCUAUUUACAAACUUAUUUCCUUGACACUGUGGUCAGUGAUGCUAAAGUUCUCCUUAAAAGGGAAGUUCUUUUCACAGACUCAGAGAUCUCUGAGCAGAGCUUUAAAAAUGGGGUAAGUGAAGCAGAGAGCCCCUGACUUUACCUCAGUGUUUUCAUGGCACUGCAGACUGAAGAGAUGGCUUAAGGAUCUCUUGAAGCAUCAUGGCCAGGCUGCAAUAUUCUUGGAUAUGAUCCUUCUUGGCAAAAUAAAGUACAGGAAUCUGGAAUUGUGUGCUAAGAAAAGAGAAUAUCUCUGUGUGCUGGUUAUUUGUACCCAGGAAAGGCUCAUUGAAAUUAUUGGGCACAGUGAAGUUUCUGGACACAUAGCAUAUCUUCCAAAAAAUUUUUUGAACAAUUUUUUUACAUAGCAUGUUUUUUAGAGUUCCCAAUAUUUGGCUAAAAAGGUAUCAUUCUGAUCAUUUAUCAGCCAAUUAAUGUUGACUCAUAUCUUUCUUGUUUCUUUUAGGAUUACCAUUUUAUUUGGUGAAUACAUAAAAAGAGUAAGUUGGGGGCUAGGGUUGUGGCUCAGUGUCAGAGCCCUUGCCUGGCACAUGGGAGGCACCAGGUUCGAUCCUCAGCACCACAUAAAAAUAAAUAAAUAAAGGCAUUAUGUCCAUCCACAAUUUAAAAAAAUAUUUUUUACAAAAAGAGUGAGUUGGGUAUUGUGUAAUGGGAAUGACUGAGAAACAUUAGCUAUACAAAACUUUCAUCUAAAGUACUUUAUUACAAGGGUAAGUGCACAAGAUAGGAACUUGGUCCAAGGGUGUGCAUGCUGGAGGCCUAACUACUCCUUGGUUGUUAACAAAGAUCAUUGUGUGCCUGAAGUUGAAAUGGAAUAAGAGAAAAGAGGAUAGAAAUAAAAAAAAAUAAGUAGAAAUAAAAAGAAAUACAAAAUUCCUUAAACAGGGCU